AUGCCUGCAGCAAGCUUUGGUUCUCUCUCAUUACCUGGAACUGGUGACUGUGGAAUUAAAGAUGUCUGGAAUCACAACCUUCAUGAAGAGUUUGCAAUAAUUAGACAAGUUGUUCAAAAGUAUCAUUGGGUUGCAAUGGACACUGAGUUUCCUGGAGUAGUAGCCAGACCUAUUGGGGAAUUUCGAUCUACUGCCGACUACCAAUAUCAACUUCUCAGGUGCAAUGUUGAUUUACUGAGGAUAAUUCAAUUGGGUCUCACAUUCAUGGAUGAAAAUGGAAAAACACCCCCAGGUUACACAACAUGGCAAUUCAAUUUCAAAUUUAAUCUACAAGAAGAUAUGUAUGCACAAGACUCUAUUGACUUAUUGCAAAAUUCUGGAUUACAAUUUCGUAAACAUGAAGAAGAUGGUAUUGAACCUUUAGAAUUUGCCGAACUUCUUAUGUCAUCAGGUCUUGUAUUAAUUGACAACAUAAAGUGGUUAAGUUUUCACUCAGGAUAUGACUUUGGAUAUCUUCUUAAGUUGUUAACGGAUCAAAAUUUACCUCAAGACGAAAAUGUGUUCUUUGAAAAUCUACGGCUCUAUUUCCCAACGGUGUAUGAUGUCAAGUACCUGAUGAAGUUAUGCAAAAAUCUAAAAGGGGGACUUCAAGAAGUAGCAGAUCAGUUGGAACUGAGACGAGUGGGACCCCAACAUCAGGCUGGUUCAGACUCACAUCUGACUGGCAUGGCUUUCUUUAAAAUCAAAGAGAUAUUCUUUGAUGAUAACAUUGAAAGUUCAAGUGGUCACCUCUAUGGUUUAGGAGCACCAUUCUCAGUGAAUGCUAAUAACUUUCAAGACAAUGGUGAAAAUGGGAAUUCAUCUUGA